UCGGCCGCCCGCUCUGUGGAACCAUGCUAUGCCGGGCGUGUGCCGGGUGGCUCCGGUUGCUGCCCACCCAGCGUCUCCGGGCACCAGGAUCACCGCCCGCCUGGAGCAGCGCGCGGCUCCCAGCCCUUCCGGUAUGGGCGGCCGCGUCGGUGUCGCCGGCCUCUCCGGGCGGCUGGUAUGAGGCCCUGGCAGCGUCGGCGCCGGUGCGCACGGCGGAGGAAGUGCUGCUGGGCGCGCAGGAGGCCACCGGCCUCCCCUGGUGGGGCAGCAUCGUACUCAGCACCAUUGCCCUGCGCGGUGCUGUCACUCUGCCCCUGGCCGCCUAUCAGCACUACAUCCUGGCUAAGUUAGGUGGAAAACUUGCAACCAGAAAUAAAAGACAUCGCCAAGCGCCUUAACCAAGAAGUUGCAGUCUGUGCACGUCAGUUUGGAUGGUCCAAGAGAGUGGCCAGACUCACCUAUCUGAAGAACAUGCGGAGACUUGUCUCAGAGCUGUAUGUCCGUGACAACUGCCACCCUUUCAAAGCCACGGUGCUGGUCUGGGUCCAGCUUCCAAUGUGGGUCUUCAUCUCGGUCGCCCUCCGGAACCUCAGCACAGGGGCCACACAUUCAGACGGCAUUUCUGUUCAGGAACAGUUAGCUGCUGGUGGGAUGCUGUGGUUUCCUGACCUCACUGCAGUGGAUUCCACCUGGAUUCUGCCUGUCUCUGUUGGUGUUGUCAACCUACUGAUCGUGGAGAUUUUCGCUCUACAAAAAAUUGGAACAUCUCGUUUUCAAAUGUAUGUCACAAAUUUUGUCCGUGCUGUAUCGGUGUUGAUGAUCCCAGUUGCUGCAACAGUGCCCUCGGCUCUCGUUCUCUACUGGCUGUGCUCCAGCCUCAUGGGCCUCACACAGAACCUGCUGCUGCGCUCCCCCGGAUUCCGCCAGCUCUGCCGGAUACCACCAAGCAAGUCCGACUCAGAGACCCCGUACAGAGACCUCUCUGCUGCCUUUUGCGCCAAGUUCCUUUCAAGAAAACGAUGAGGGUCCACUCCCAACACCCUGGAAAUAAUUACAAAUGUCACUGUCAGUUUCAUGCAUUGAAUUUAGAAGUCUAUGUUUAAAUAUCAUGAAGCACUGUGGGAAAUUAAGAUGUAUUUGAUGUUUAGUAUGAAAAACUAAAUGUUCAAUUGUAAGAGUGUAAAAAUAACAUAGGAUGCCUGGCCUUGUUCAUAAAAAAAAAAAAAAUCAUAGUUUUGCUGAGAACAGGAUUAGGUCCUGUAUGAGCUCUACCCAACUGUCCACAAAUAAAGUUUUGUAAGUUAAAAA